CCCCCAGUUGCCUCCCACAAGACCACGCCAGAGAGCCAGGCGCAAGAUGAACCAGCACACCGUCCGCUCAAGGUACACCAGCCCGUCCGACUGAACCCCGAGAGCCUGAAAAUGUCUGCGUGCAGUGACUUUGUGGAGCACAUCUGGAAGCCCGGGUCCUGCAAGAACUGCUUCUGCCUGCGGAGUGACCACCAGCUGGCGCCUGGCCACCCCCAGCCAAGAGCAGGCAGCCUGCCCCCUCCACCGCGCCUGCCCCCCAGGCCUGAGAACUGCCGCCUGGAAGAUGAAGGUGUGAACAGCUCGCCCUACUCCAAGCCCACCAUCGCUGUGAAGCCCACCAUGAUGAGCUCCGAGGCCUCUGAUGUGUGGACAGAGGCCAACAUGAACACUGACGUCUCACAGGUCAUCUGGAGACGAACCCCCGGCAAGCUCCCCCUCCCGAAGCAGGAAGAUGUGCCGAUAGUUUACCUGGGCAGCUUCCGUGGCCUCCAGAAACCUGCUGGGCCCCCUGCCUCCACAGAUGGCCACUCUCGAUGCCCUCCUGCGUAUGCCAUGGUCGGCCUGCAUGGCCGAGAGGCCCGGGGGGACCGGAGCACUGCCUUCCACCCGGUCAGUUUCCCUGACGAGAAGGUUGGGCAAGAAGAUAAACCCACGUUUCCCUACCAAGAGCUGACCUCCACUCAGGAGAGCUUCCGCCAGAAACUGGCUGCCUUUGCGGGGAUGACAUCUGGCUGUCACAAGGGCCCUGGGCCCUACCCCUCUCCACAGCCCCUGCAGGAGUCCCUGCCCUCGGAGGAUGACAGUGAUCAGAGAUGCUCACCCUCAGGGGACAGUGAAGGGGGAGAAUACUGCUCCAUCCUGGACUGUUGCCCUGGGAGCCCUAUUGCCAAGGACACCUCACAGGCUGAGGGUUCCCGGCACAGACUUGGUGGAGGGGACUGCUCGCCAUCGUGUUGGGAGCAGAGAUCCUGUGUGGGGCCGGCUGAAGAGGAGAAGCGAGUUUUGAGCUUCCCGAAGGAGUGCUGUGGCCAGGGCCCGACAGAGAACCCGUCCCGCCUGGGCCCCAAGAAACCGUCCAUUCCCUCAGAGGCCGCCAGUUCUCCGGAUGGCCUCUCCUGUGGGAGUGCCAGCAGCGGCACCAGCAGCCCCUUCGGCCCCCAUCUUGAGAGCGAUUACUGCUCCCUCAUGAAGGAAGCUGUGCCUGGCAAGCAGCAGGACUCUGGCUGCCAUGUGGUGACCUCUAACAGGUGCCUUGGGCCAACUGGGGAGCCCCAGCCCCCAGCCCACCCCAGGGAAGCUGUACAGCCUGAACCCAUCUAUGCUGAGAGCACCAAGAGGAAGAAGGUUCCAAGGCCUUCUAGGCCACAGGCCAAGGCAGAACAGGUGGCAGCUGCUCAGGGGCAGGGCCAGGUACAGACAGCUAACACCUGGGCUCAGAAAACAGCAUCUGGCUGGGGCCGGGACCGGGAAGGCCCAGAUGUGGCCCCCCACGUGGCGGAUAUGGCCCCCCAGGUGGCGGCCACCAUCACAGUCAUGGCAGCGCACCCAGAAGAGGACCACCGGACGAUCUACCUGAGCAGCCCUGACUCCGCAGUGGGGGUGCAGUGGCCACGUGGGCCUGUGAGUCAGGACUCUGAGGCAGGCGAAGAGGAGACUUCAGCUGGCCAGAGGCUGAGCUCCAGGGAAAGCCACCGUCACGCUGCAAGUGAGAACACACCCAAGGGGAGGCCUGCCAUUCCCCCCAAGCUGUCCAAGAGUAGCCCCGGAGGGUCCCCGGUGUCACCAUCUCCCUCCCCACUGUCUGACCUCAGCGAGGGUAGCUCUGGUGGCGGCAUUGGGCCCCAGCCUUCCUCCAGGGGCCCCGCUGACCCCGCUUCUUCCUGCCGGGCCAACGGCAUCCCCACUAGUGACUCCAUCAGGUGCCCCCCGCCUGCCGCCACCACCUCAGCCUUGGACCAGAGGCGGUCCCGGUACCAGACUGGGGCCUGGAGUCGUCAGUGCCGGAUAGAGGAAGAAGAGGAGCUGGAACAGGACUUGAAUCAAAGGGGAAGAGAGAUGGAAAAUGGCACCAUGGACCCCUCCAACUCUUCCACCUGGCACCGUCUGCGCCCCACAGACAGCUCCUCUGAGCAGAACAGCAAAGCCGGGACUGGGAUGAGCAAAUCGGCCUCUUUUGCCUUUGAGUUCCCCAAGGACAGAAGCGGGAUGGAGGCAUUCUCGCCUCCUCCGCCGCCUCCAAAGUCGAGGCACCUUUUAAAAAUGAACAAGAGCAGCUCUGAUUUGGAAAAAGUGAGCCAGGGCUCUGCAGAGAGCCUCAGCCCAUCCUUCAGGGGCGUCCACGUCAGUUUCACCACGGGAUCCACGGACAGCCUGGCCUCGGACUCCAGGACCUGCAGUGACGGAGGCCCAUCCUCUGAGCCGACUCACUCGCCCACCAACAGUGGGAAGAAGCUCUUUGCUCCUGUUCCGUUCCCUUCUGGCUCCACAGAGGACGUGUCCCCCAGUGGCCCCCUGCAGCCCCCGCCUCUCCCCCAGAAGAAGUUAGUGAGCCGGGCAGCCUCUUCACCUGAUGGCUUCUUCUGGACCCAAGGCUCCUCCAAGCCAAGAGCAACCAGUCCCAAGCUGAACCUCAGCCACUCGGAAACCAAUGUCUGUGUCCAUGAAGAGUCCCCCUUCAGCUACUCCUCGAGCCCCGGGAGCCGCCACCCUCUUCUCUUCUCCUCUUCUGAGCCUCUGGAGAAAACUUUCAAAGGCAGUGGCCACUGGGUCCCAGCCUCAGGGCUGGCGGGCAGCAAAAGCGGCUGCGGGAGCCCCAGCCUCCAGUGCAAAGGGGUCCCCUCGGCCUCGUCCUCCCAGCUGAGCGUGUCCAGCCAGGCCUCCGGCGGCAGCACCCAGCUUCAGCUCCACAGUCUCCUGAGCAGCGUCAGCAGCAAAGAGGGCACCUACGCCAAGCUGGGGGGGCUCUACGCCCAGUCCCUGGUCCGCCUCGUGGCCAAGUGUGAGGACCUCUUCUUGGGCGGCCAGAAAAAGGAGCUGCACUUCAACGAGAAUAACUGGUCACUCUUCAAGCUGACCUGUAACAAGCCCUGUUGUGACUCGGGGGAUGCCAUUUAUUACUGUGCCACCUGCUCUGAGGACCCCGGCAGCACCUACGCUGUGAAAAUCUGCAAAACCCCUGAGCCCAAAACGGCCUCCUACUGCAGCCCUUCUGUGCCCGUGCACUUCAACAUCCAGCAGGACUGCGGCCACUUUGUCGCCUCGGUGCCCUCCAGCAUGCUCACCCCUCCCGACGCACCCAAGGACCCUCUGCCUGCCCCGCCCUCACACCCUCCUGCCCAGGAGCAGGACUGCGUGGUGGUCAUCACCCGAGAGGUGCCCCACCAGACCGCCUCUGACUUUGUGCGGGACUCAGCCACCAGCCAUCAGUCUGAGCCCGAGGUUUACGAGCGGCGCGUGUGCUUCCUGCUUCUGCAGCUCUGCAAUGGGCUGGAGCAUCUGAAGGAGCAUGGGAUCAUCCAUCGAGACCUGUGCCUGGAGAACCUGCUGCUGGUGCACUGCACCCCCCAGGCCUCCCCGGGCCCCUCCCCCCCUGCUCCCCCUGCCUCCUCUGCCACCUCCAGCGCCCCUCCCACCUCCACAUCCCCUUCUCCUGCAGCUACUCCCUCCCCUCACCCUUCUGCUGCCCUCCCUGCCAGUGUGCCUGCCAGUGCCCCAGCUGCCCCCGCCUGUCAGGGAGUGCCCAGUGAGAAGCACCUGCCCCGGCUCAUCAUCAGCAACUUCCUGAAGGCCAAGCAGAAGCCAGGCAGCACCACCAACCUGCAGCAGAAGAAGAGCCAGGCCCGGCUGGCCCCGGAGAUCGUGUCCGCCUCCCAGUACCGCAAGUUUGAUGAGUUCCAAACAGGCAUCCUCAUCUAUGAGCUGCUGCACCAGCCCAACCCCUUCGAGGUGCGGGCCCAGCUUCGGGAACAGGACUACCGGCAGGAAGACCUGCCCCCACUGCCCACCCUGUCCCUCUACUCGCCCGGCCUGCAGCAGCUCGCCCACCUGCUGCUGGAGGCCGACCCCAUCAAGCGCAUCCGCAUCGGCGAGGCCAAGCGGGUGCUGCAGUGCUUGCUGUGGGGACCCCGGCGGGAGCUGGUGGAGCAGCCGGGCACCUCCGAGGAGGCGCUCUGCAGCACGCUGCAUAACUGGAUCGACAUGAAGCGGGCUCUGAUGAUGAUGAAGUUCGCCGAGAAGGCGGUGGACCGCAGGCGCGGGGUGGAGCUGGAGGACUGGCUUUGCUGCCAGUACCUGGCGUCCGCGGAGCCCGGAGCCCUCUUACAGUCGCUGAGGCUCUUGCAGCUCCUGUGAGCCCCGCCCCCAGCCCCGCCCUUGAUCUCCUGCCUCCGUGCCUGCCCCCCAUCCUGACCCCCAUGCCCUGCCUUGUCUUGGAAACAUCCACGUCUCCCUGGGAAAUGGUACAAAUGACUGUCAUACUUGGAUGUAAUAUAUAUAUAUAAAAUAUAUAAAUAUGAAAGACU